AUGAACGACACGGAAGCUUACGGGGACGGGUACAUGGAGCCGGCAGAAGAAUGGGAAAGGGAAGGUCUUUUGGACCCGGCCUGGGAAAAACAGCAGAAAAAGACAUUCACAGCAUGGUGUAAUUCGCAUCUUCGCAAAGCGGGAACGUCGAUCGAUCUGAUCGAAGAGGAUUUUCGGAAUGGGCUGAAACUGAUGCUCUUGCUCGAGGUAAUCUCGGGCGAGACUUUACCGAAACCAGACAGAGGCAAAAUGAGAUUUCAUAAGAUCGCAAACGUGAACAAAGCACUUGACUACAUCGCCAGCAAAGGCGUGAAAUUGGUAUCUAUCGGAGCAGAGGAAAUCGUGGACGGAAAUCUGAAGAUGACGCUGGGUAUGAUUUGGACCAUAAUUCUGCGAUUCGCUAUCCAAGAUAUUUCUGUGGAGGAAAUGACCGCUAAAGAGGGUCUCCUGCUGUGGUGUCAACGAAAAACUGCACCGUACAAGAACGUUAACGUUCAGAACUUCCAUCUUUCCUUUAAGGACGGCUUGGCGUUUUGCGCUCUCAUUCAUCGUCAUCGUCCCGAUCUUAUCGAUUACAAUAAACUUAGCAAGGAUAAUCCACUAGAGAAUUUGAACACUGCCUUCGACGUUGCUGAGAAGUAUCUCGACAUUCCUCGUAUGUUAGAUCCUGAUGAUUUGAUCAACACACCCAAGCCAGAUGAGCGUGCGAUCAUGACGUAUGUGUCCUGCUACUACCACGCGUUCCAAGGUGCUCAGCAGGCAGAGACUGCCGCGAACAGGAUUUGCAAAGUUUUGAAAGUGAACCAGGAAAAUGAGAGGCUCAUGGAGGAAUACGAACGCCUGGCAUCCGAUUUGCUGGAAUGGAUAAGACGAACUAUGCCCUGGCUGGCUAGUCGUCAGACGGACAAUUCGCUUGCCGGGUGUCAGAAGAAGCUGGAAGAGUACAGAACGUACCGUCGUAAACACAAGCCACCGCGGGUCGAGCAGAAAGCCAAACUCGAGACGAAUUUCAAUACUUUACAGACGAAACUAAGACUGAGCAAUCGACCUGCGUACAUGCCCACGGAAGGAAAAAUGGUUUCCGAUAUUAAUAAAGCUUGGAAAGGUUUGGAGCUGGCGGAAAAAUCGUUCGAAGAAUGGCUUUUGUCGGAAAUGAUGCGUCUCGAGCGUCUGGAGCACUUGGCUCAGAAGUUCAAGCACAAAGCUGACGCUCACGAGGAAUGGACCGCGGGAAAAGAAGAGAUGCUCACGUCACAGCAUUUCCGACAGUGCAAGCUUAACGAACUGAAGGCUUUGAAAAAGAAACACGAAGCCUUCGAAUCCGAUCUUGCGGCUCAUCAAGAUCGCGUGGAACAGAUAGCUGCAAUAGCUCAAGAGCUCAAUACUUUGGAGUAUCAUGAUAGCGCAUCCGUUAACGCCAGAUGUCAACGAAUCUGUGACCAGUGGGAUCGCUUGGGUACUCUUACUCAACGACGACGCCAAGCGCUAGACGAGGCCGAGCGUAUUCUUGAAAAAAUUGACAUCUUACAUUUGGAAUUCGCUAAGCGAGCUGCUCCGUUCAACAAUUGGUUGGAUGGAACCAGAGAGGAUUUGGUAGAUAUGUUCAUUGUGCACACGAUGGAGGAGAUUCAAGGAUUGAUGGACGCUCACGCUGCGUUCAAAGCCACGCUGGGAGAAGCCGAUAAGGAGUACAAUGCCAUUGUGGGACUGGUGCGCGAGGUCGAGUCAAUAGUCAAACAGUUCCAAAUCCCUGGAGGACUCGAAAACCCGUACACUACUUUGACCGCUUUGGAUCUUACGAAGAAGUGGAGCGAUGUCAGGCAACUCGUGCCACAACGCGAUGGCACGCUGCAAGCGGAACUUCGUAAACAGCAGAACAACGAAUUGCUUCGAAGACAGUUCGCCGAGAAAGCUAACGCUGUCGGGCCGUGGAUUGAACGGCAAUUGGACGCGAUCACAGCGAUCGGUCUCGGUCUUCAGGGUACCUUGGAAGAUCAGCUGCAUCGUCUGAAAGAGUACGAACAAGCGGUUUACCAGUACAAGGCUCAUCUCGAAGAAUUGGAGAAGAUACACCAGGCUGUUCAGGAAGGCAUGAUCUUCGAGAACCGAUAUACCCAAUACACCAUGGAAACGUUGCGAGUUGGUUGGGAACAAUUGUUGACUUCGAUCAAUCGCACUAUUAACGAAGUCGAGAAUCAAAUCCUCACUCGAGACUCCAAGGGUAUCACGCAGGAACAGCUUAACGAAUUCCGUAGUAGUUUCAAUCACUUCGACAAAAAUCGUACUGGCAGACUGGCUCCGGACGAGUUCAAAUCUUGCCUCGUUUCUCUCGGUUACUCUAUUGGAAAAGACAGGCAAGGCGACAUCGAUUUCCAGCGUAUCCUGGCUAUCGUCGAUCCAAAUAAUUCUGGUUACGUGUCCUUCGACGCGUUCCUGGACUUCAUGACUCGCGAGUCUACGGAUACCGACACGGCUGAACAAGUUAUAGACAGUUUCCGUAUACUUGCUGGAGACAAGCCGUACAUCAUGUCGGACGAAUUGAGGAGAGAACUGCCACCUGAUCAGGCCGAAUAUUGUAUCCAGCGAAUGCCUCCUUACAAAGGCCCGAACGCGAUGCCCGGGGCAUUAGAUUAUCGUUCUUUCUCCACCGCUCUAUAUGGUGAAUCAGAUUUGUAAGCAUACAUAUCAAAAAUCGAGAGAACUUUUCGACGAUUUCCGUUUCAAAACGCAGGUCAAAUGAUAUCUGAAACGUUUGUCGCACGUUUUGGUACUCUAACGCACGUUUAUACAAAUUAAGAAUCUCUGUGAGAUAAAAAAAAUCAAUCUCUAGCCUCAAGAAAUACAGGAUGAUUUUCAGGCAAAAAAAAAGAAGGGGCUCUAAAUGCGUUUGUACGUGGCACGCGUGUUAGUAAUUUUUUAUUCGUGAUAUUUUUUUAACGUAAAGGAAGGUGUCAGCCAUAUCGAUGAACUUUGAUACAACGGUAUUUUGCCAGAACGACUACCUCGAUGACGCAGCAGAAGUCGAUGCGUAACGCUCGUUAAAGGGUGGUCCGUACUUAAAUAAGUCUGUAUAGUGACAAUAAAUAUACAUACACAUUGUAGCUUUACCUUAACGUUAAAAGAAUACCACAGUUGAACACAAGUUCUCCUAGAACAUUUGCUUCUUGCCUAUAUCUACAAUGAGUCCUAUAAUUAGUAAGUUAACGUUUCAAUUGUAAAUAAACAUCCCCGAGAGAAGUCACACGAGUACCGAUAAUAGGGAAAAUAAUAAGCAUUUCCUUUUCGCAAGCUUCCCCAGAAGAGGAUCAAUCGAAAGAAACCGUGCCGGAAAUAUGAAUAUUAUACAUAAAAGUCGUAGGGAAACCGUCUUCGAGCAGUUUAAUGCGUACAUCGAUAUUGUAGCCUUAUACGUACAUUGCUGAAGGUAGGAAUCACGUUCAUUGAAAGCGCGUACGUAUAUUUUUAAACAAGACAUUUGAAUGUAUCGUUUAGAAGAGUUAGUUUCAUUUCAUUUGGAAGAGUAACAUCUUGAUUUAUUUAUACGAGACGAUUUUGUUGGUUGUGCUUGAAAAACAUGGUACAAAAGCCGCACAGUUCCUAAAUACGUUCCUGCAGGUCAGUAGGUUUUAUGUCGUUUACUCUUUUGUUUUGAAAUUCGUAAGGCACAAAUCGAUGUUCGUAGAAUAUGCGAAAAUUCAUAAAACGAACGUGUGUAAAUUGAUAAUUAUUAUUAACGACACGAAUUUUUGCGAGUCCUUACAUACGUACGAAUCGACUUUCUCGCUAAGGAUCCAGAAAAUGUAAACGCUCGAAAUCGAACGCAACGUUCAUAUUUUUUUAUAAUCAGCGGCAAACGAACUUUUAAUCGACCAGCCGCCUUUAUAUACUUCGCAGAUCAUCGUAUAAUUAAAUGGUAAACGCGAAACGAUGCGAAAGAAAGCAAAUUAUUUAUUUAUUUGAAUUAAAGGAUUAUUUAUUAUUCUUCAGAUAAUUAACUAUGGUAGUGAACGAACCUACUUUUUCAAAGUAUUUAUUUUUAUAAAUAUUUGAGAGAAGUGAAAAAACGAAACGGUCACUGUAAUAUAAGACCUACACAGCAAUCGCUAUUCUUUGUGUCAUGUGUAUCAUGUGAUCACGAAUUUACACUCUCAGCUGUCUAAAAAUCAUUUAAUCGAAUCAUUGUUACAUGGAAGACGCUCGUGUGUGAAAUGCAAUUACUUUUUUCAGAGCAGAAAACAAUGUCUGAAACUUAAUUCUGCUUGGAACCUAGCGCUUCAUCAGUAUCUAUCUUAACGCGUCUUGCGAGUUCAAUUAAUUCCUCCUACCUUUAUUUCUUGCUAAAGAAAAUCAAAAGAAGAACAUGUUGGGCUUUUCAAAAAAAAAUCUACAUACUCAAACGCACACACAUGAACACAUACGGGUACACACAUGUGCAUUACUCGCGGACAUCAAAAUGAAAUUCUGAACAAUUUAAACGAGUAUACGUGUACAGUCGAAAGAGAUUCGUUCAAACGUCGAAUUCGCAAAGCCUUUCGGCCUUCGUAUCAUAUUAUAUACACUUAUACAUUCUCAUUAAUAAUCACAUGUACUGUAUAAUUACCAUUCUUAUAAUUUUGAAUCAUGUAAAGUAACAUUUACAAUUUUAAUUCGACAUUUAAACAUCAGCCCGACGAUCGUCUCUCGUAUUUCAUAUUACACUCGUUUUAUCAGUUCCAUCUCCCUUAGUCAGCAGUGAGCGAAUUAUGUAAAAUCAAAAACUAUGAGGUAAAUGAAUAAAAGAAAGGUCUUCGACGAAAUAAAGUGAA